AUGAAUACGCGAUCCAUGUGCAUACGUCUAAUCUGUACCUCUUACCCGCCCGUCUAUUCAUCUAUAUUUAUUUUAAAUGAUCCUACACUCGAUUGGACAGGAAAUAUUUCGUCGAGGAAGAAAAGGAAACCGUACACAAAAUAUCAAACGCUUGAAUUGGAGAAAGAAUUUCUAUACAAUACUUAUGUAAGCAAACAGAAACGAUGGGAGUUAGCCAGAAAUUUAGUUUUAUCCGAGAGACAAGUCAAAAUUUGGUUUCAGAACGAUAAAAAAUUUCAGAACCGAAGGAUGAAAGAUAAGAAACAGAAGCAGCGAUCAGCCGUCGAUCAAUCGUGUAAUUCACAAAUUAUGAUGCCGGGCUCUAUGAAAGAGGAAUAA